CUCAUUUUUCGUUGCUCCUACCAGUAUUUUUUGGCUUAUAAUUCGCAGAUUUGCAGUAACCUUUAUGUUGUAAAUCUUACGAUAAACGUUUUCAUCAUAUCCGAGAAACCCAUAUUUCCAGAUAUCACAAUUUUUCAUUGUAAAGUAAAUGACCGUCAUCUUCUCAAAUCUUAUUUUCUUUCGGGUUAAUUUUCCUAUUGUUGAUCUUCAUUCUUCGCAUUAGUUUGUCAUCCUGGAGCUCAAAUCCACCGAUGCUUCGCUAGCUAGGCCGGCCUGGAAACAAUUCUGGAAGUUUCUCUUUUUUAUUUUACAUGCUUGCAAAACCCGAAUCAAGGUAAUGAUGGAGACUUGGAUCAGUUUGGUGGUGAACUGCUAAUGAAAUUCGAGCCUGAACUAAACAAAGUUCACUAACAAGUAAAUAUACAUCCCACAUUAAGGACGAAAACCAGAGCAUAAGAGAGAGAGAGAGAAUAUGCAGAGGUUACUCAGAACAUUCCGGAAAAUAAGUGGGGUCUUCCACCAGCAAUAUUCAAGCACAGUAUACCGGCCAUUGAAGAAGGGGCCUUCGACAACCACUUUAAUCUUCCUCUUCUUCGUUCUCUUCAUCGGCGCCUUUAUUUCUGCCCGCUGGAUCGACGCUUCAUCCGGCGCAGGCGGUUCAACGCUGAAGGCCCUAGUAGCAUUCACACCCUCCAGAAAUAGACUUGAUGAAAUCCCACUCAACUGCUCAGCUGCAAAUAUAACACAAACUUGCUCCGUAGGUUAUGGGGAAAAAUUUGAGCAAUCAUCAUCAACUGAGGUAUGCCCAGAAUAUUUCCGUUGGAUCCACGAAGAUCUACGGGUAUGGAAGGAAACUGGAAUCUCAAAGGAGAUGGUGGAGGGAGCAAAAAGGUCUGCGUUCUUUAGGCUAACGAUUGUGAAUGGGACAGCUUACACGGAGAAAUAUAGAAAUAUAGUAGAAGGAAGAGAUGUUUUUACAUUGUGGGGGAUCCUACAACUUAUGAGGAGGUACCCGGGAAGGCUGCCAGACUUGGAUCUGAUGUUCAACGUCGGUGACAAACCAGUUAUCAGGUCACGACCCAAGGACGGAGCUCCACCACCUUUAUUUCAUUAUUGCGGAGAUAACUGGUCAUUCGAUAUCGUCUUCCCUGAUUGGUCCUUCUGGGGUUGGCCAGAGAUCAAUAUAAAGCCAUGGGAACCCUUGUUGAAAGACUUGAAAGAAGGCAACGAAAGGACCAAAUGGGUUGAGAGGGAACCUUAUGCUUACUGGAAAGGGAACCCGGCCAUGUCCAAAGGCAGAAGAGAACUCGUGAACUGCAAUGUAUCAGACAAACAGGAUUGGAACGGCCGAAUUUAUAAGCAGGAUUGGAUCCGUGAAUCUCAACAAGGUUACAAACAGUCAAAUUUAGCAAACCAAUGCACUCACAGAUACAAGAUUUAUAUUGAAGGGAUCGCUUGGUCAGUCAGCCAGAAAUACAUUCUGGCCUGCGAUUCUGUCACAUUGAUAAUCAAGCCUCAAUACUAUGACUUCUUCACAAGAAAUCUGGUACCCCUGCAUCACUAUUGGCCAAUGAGAGACGAGGACAAGUGCAGAUCUAUGAAGUUCGCCGUGGACUGGGGCAAUAAUCACACACAAGAGGCACAGGCCAUUGGUAAGGCAGCGAGUGACUUCAUUCAAGAAGAGCUAAAGAUGGAUUAUGUGUAUGAUUACGUGUUUCAUCUGUUGAAUGAAUAUGCCAAGCUCUUGACCUAUAAACCCGUUGUUCCUCCAAACGCCGUAGAGCUAUGUCCAGAGAUAAUGGCCUGCUCUGCAGAUGGAUUAAAGAAGAAAUUCAUGAUGGAAUCCAUGGUGAAGUCUCCUGCCGUUAGAGGCCCUUGCACCCUGACACCUUCUGACCCUGCACAUCUUCAAGCUUUCGUUAAGGAGAAGGAAGAUACAAUUAAGCAAGUGGAGACGUGGGAGAAUAAAUUUUGGGACAAUCAAACACAAUAAGCUCUACAGCUUCUCUUUUUUCAUGCUUUACUUUUUAAUUAAUUCAUAAACUGCAUGUAUGGUUUUUAAGUUGAGAUUCCUAUUCCUAUAUAGCUCAACUCAAUUACUGCCUUGUAUUGUAGACAACAUAUCCCGAUAUCCAUGACAAAUAAAGAGCUUCUUUCGUGUCU